UAAUUUUAUCGCAUGUGGCGCAUGGUUUGGUAAAAGUAUGCCCGCCCUUCGAUAGACGAUAGGUUAUCCUGGUUCGAGAAGGCGGCACCGCUGAUUAUGAAUUAUUGCUUUGUUAAUCUGAUGUGAUUUUAAUCACAACAUGAAAAAAAAAUAAAUAAAAAAAAAAGAAUUUCGGCGCUGAGAAAAUCAGAACAACUCAAAAUACUUUAAUAAUAAAAACAAAUAAGAAAAAGAAACACUGAUCUCAGUAUUUUCCUCUCUCUUUUUCUGUUUGUUUCCCAAGAAAAAAAAUAAAAUAAGAAAAUUACAGAACACAACAAAUUUUCUACCAUUACCUUUCUCUUUCUUUCUUUAUUAUAUAUAUUUUUUUAUAUCUAUAGGUGUGUGUUACUGUAUAUAGCGAUAGUCCAUCGUGUCUGACUACUCUCUGUGUGUUUCUCUCUCUCUUUCUCAACAAUGGCUCAUCUCUUCAGAGACCUCUCACUGGGCCAUUCCAAGAGAGAAGCUUCUUCAUCAUCAUCAAUCUCCUUCACUAAACCCUCCAUUACCGUCACCAAGAAUUUAGUGGUGGCCGAUCUCCCUUCGCCGCUCGGAGACCUUUCAGAAUCGGUUCAACUCACCGAUUCCGACCUUCGACUCACGGCUUACGAGAUCUUUGUCGCCGCUUGCCGUACUUCUUCCGGUAAACCUCUUACUUUCGUUCCGAAUCAGUCUAAUUCCGAUUCGCCGAGUCAACACAGCAACUCGCCGAACUCUCCAGCUUUACAGCGGUCUCUCACUUCUGCCGCUGCUAGUAAGGUUAAGAAGGCGUUUGGUCUUAAAUCACCUAGCUCCAAUGGCUCUAAGAAGAGUCCUGGUGUUUCUGGUUCGAGUCCUGGUUCGGGUCAGGGGAAGUCGAAGAAGGCAUUAACUGUUGGUGAGCUGAUGAGGAUCCAAAUGAAGGUUUCUGAAGCCAUGGAUUCUCGAGUUAGGAGAGCUCUGCUCAGGAUUGCGGCUAGCCAGGUUGGAAGGAGAAUUGAAUCAGUAGUAGUACCAUUGGAGCUUUUACAGCAACUCAAGCUCAUGGAUUUUACUGAUUCACAAGAAUAUGAUGCAUGGCAAAAACGAACCCUGAAAAUUCUUGAGGCUGGACUCCUUUUGCAUCCUCGCUUGCCACUAGAUAGGGUACAGAGUCCGGUGCAGAGACUACGACAAAUUAUUCACGGGGCAUUAGAAAGACCCAUUGAAACUGGGAGGAAUAAUGAAUCUUUGCAGGUUCUUCGAAGUGCUGUCAUGACUCUUGCUUCCAGAUCAAUUGAUGGUUCUCUUACCGAGUCUUGUCAUUGGGCAGAUGGGUUUCCACUGAAUCUCAGGCUCUACGAAAUGCUUCUAAAUGCUUGCUUUGAUGUUAAUGAUGAAACAUCCAUACUUGAGGAGGUGGAUGAACUAAUGGAACAUAUUAAAAAGACUUGGGGAAUCCUUGGAAUUAACCAGGUUCUCCAUAAUAUUUGCUUCACUUGGGUUUUAUUUCAUCGGUUUGUUGCAACUGGCCAAGUUGAAAUGGAUCUCAUAUAUGCAGCUGAUAGUCAGCUAGAAGAGGUUGCUAAAGAUGCAAAGACAACUAAGGAUGCAGAUUACUCCAAGGUUUUGAGUUCUACAUUGACUUCAAUAAUGGGUUGGGCAGAGAAGAGGCUUCUUGCAUAUCAUGAGACUUUUGAUAGUGGCAAUAUUGAAUCCAUGCAAGGGAUUGUUUCUUUGGGGGUUGCAGCAGCUAAGAUUAUAGUUGAAGAUAUAUCUAAUGAGUACCGAAGGAGAAGGAAGAGUGAAGUUAAUGUGGCUCGAGACAGGAUCGACACAUACAUCAGAUCAUCUCUACGAACUGCUUUUGCUCAGAGAAUGGAGAUGGCAGACUCAAGCAGGAGAGCAUCCAAAAAUCAGCCAAAUCCUCUUCCAAUCCUUGCCAUUCUUGCUAAAGAUGUUGGUGAGCUAGCACUGAAGGAGAAGCGAAUGUUCAGUCCGAUUCUGAAAAGAUGGCAUCCUUUUGCAGCAGGUGUGGCUGUUGCCACCCUUCACGUUUGCUACGCAAAUGAGAUUAAACAGUUCAUAUCAGGUAUAACGGAAUUGACACCGGAUGCUGUGCAAGUAUUGAGAGCUGCAGAUAAGCUGGAGAAAGAUCUUGUUCUGAUAGCAGUUGAAGAUUCAGUAGACAGUGAUGACGGUGGGAAGGCAAUAAUUCGUGAGAUGCCUCCUUUUGAGGCCGAAGCUGCAAUUGCCAAUUUGGUGAAAAUAUGGAUCAAGACCAGAGUGGAUAGACUGAAAGAAUGGGUUGACAGAAAUCUACAGCAAGAGGUGUGGAGUCCCCUAGAUAAUGAAGGAUAUGCUCCCUCAGCUGUGGAAGUUUUGCGAAUCUUCGAUGAAACUUUGGAAGCAUAUUUUCGGCUUCCAAUACCUAUGCAUCCGGUAUUGCUUCCCGACUUGAUGACAGGCCUUGACAGAUGCCUUCAAUAUUACAUAACGAAGGCAAAAUCUGGCUGUGGAUCAAGAAAUACUUUUGUCCCCACUAUGCCAGCAUUGACCAGAUGUACUAUAGGAUCAAAGUUCCAAGGCUUUGGCAAGAAGAAAGAAAAAUCACCAAACCCUCCAAAAAGAAACUCUCAGGUUGCUACAUUGAAUGGAGAUAACUCGUUCGGAAUUCAACAGCUCUGUGUUCGUAUAAACACAUUACAACGUAUUAGGAGUGAGUUAGAAGUUUUGGAGAAAAGGGUAAUCACUCAUUUGAGGAACUCUGAGUCUGCUAAAGUAGAAGAUUUUUCUAACGGUUUGGAAAAACAAUUCGAACUCUCACCAGCAGCUUGUGUCGAGGGAAUCCAACAACUUUGUGAGGCAGUAGCAUACAGGAUCGUUUUCCACGAUCUCAGUCAUGUUUUGUGGGAUGGUUUAUAUGUUGGUGAAGUAUCUUCGGCCAGGAUAGAACCAUUUCUUCAGGAGCUGGAAAGAAAUUUGUCAAUUAUUUCGGAUGCUGUACAUGAGAGAGUUCGUACGAGAAUUAUUACUGACAUAAUGAGAGCUUCCUUUGACGGUUUUUUGUUAGUUUUGCUUGCUGGCGGUCCCUCUCGUGCAUUCUCCAAGCAAGAUUCUCAGAUUAUAGAAGAUGAUUUCAAAUCCCUUAAAGAUCUAUUCUGGGCCAACGGAGAUGGCUUGCCUUCCGAGCUAAUCGAUAAAUUUUCAACAGCUGUGAGAGGGGUGCUUCCACUUUUCAGAACCGAAACUGACAGCCUCAUUGAGAGGUUCCGACGUGGGACACUAGAGACAUAUGGCUCCUCUGCCAGGUCCAAAUUCCCACUGCCACCUACUUCCGGGCAAUGGAACCCAACCGAACCUAACACUCUCCUACGAGUUCUGUGCUACAGGAACGACGAUGCAGCUUCCAAAUUUCUGAAGAAGACCUACAACUUGCCUAAGAAACUGUAACCAUCUCCAGACAUGGCGUCCAACAACCAACACAUGUCGUAAUUGCACAGUUUUACUCGCUUUGACAUUCUUGCAUUUCUGCUUGUAUUUAGUGAAACGAUUUUAUUGCUCUCUUUGUGAUAUAUAGUUUGAUACAUUGGUGAGGAGAAGGAGGAGAAGAAAGAGGUGGUGGGGUUGCCUUCGAAGGUAGCUCCGGAGCGAUUCGGUUGGGAGGUAAUCUUGGUCUAACUUGGAGGAAAUUCCAAAAGAGAAUGACAGAGGUUUGUGAACCAAGAUAGGUGGCUAAAUAUUCUUUUAUCAUUCGUUUUUUGUUAUUAUUAAAAUUUUUAAUUAUCAUUAUGAUAUAUCCUGCUUAAAUUAUUUUGGUUUUAAAAUUAAAUAGAAGGUUCUUUGUUGUUUUAUUUGUCCGUACACUCCCAGAAAUUAGGGUUUGAAUCUCUCUCUCUCUCUCUCUCUCUCUCUUCUCUCUCUCUCUCUCUAAGUACUUUGACUUGGUCUUCUUUUGUUUUGUUAGGUAUAAAAAAGUACAGUACAAUUAUGUUUAUUCUUCUUAUUCUUUAUCUGGAGUUUUUUUUUUUUUUUUUUUGGCAUAUGUAAUAUAUAAAUACAUCAUCAUAUUCGUACGGCUGCUUAUUUCAUUUUCAGUUGAGUUUUCAGAAUACCCUUUCUUCUUU